CCUGAAUUUUUUUGGGACUGGGGCCUCACCGGUGUCAUGAACCAGAGGGCAAUAAACCUAAGGACACUAAGCCUGUGAUAUGUCUGGAAGUCGGCUUCCAUUGCUCCGAGUGGCAAGAUCCUCACAACUAUGAGCCUGAACACUCACAUGCGCAUGUCCCACACCGGAGAGAAACCUUACAAAUGCAAGGAGUGUGGCAAAAUAUUCACGAAGAGCAGCAGUUUAGGCAAACACCUGCUCACCCAGUGCUCUCUGCAUCACCUGGCCCUGGUGUGCUGCCAGCGGCGAGGCCUUCGACGUUAAAGGGAACAGAAUUGAAUAGACCUUUAGAAUAUAGUUUAAGAUUGAAUAAUAGAUCCUCGUCCACUGUGUGUGUGUCAGUUUUAGAACACCUAUUCAAGGCUUUUUCUUUAUUUUGACUUUUUUCUACAUUGUAGAGUAAUAGUGAAGACAACUGAAAUGACACAAGGAAUCGUGUAGUAACCAAGAAAGUGUUAAACACGUUUUAUAUUUGAGAUUCUUCAAAUGGCUUUGAUAACAGCUUUGCACACUCUUGCCAUUCUCUCAACCAGAUUUAUGAGCUUGUCACCUGGAAUGCAUUUCAAUUAACUGGUGUGCCUUAAAAGUUCAUUUGUGGAAUUUCUUUCCUUAAUGCAUUUGAGCCAAUCAGUUAUGUUGUGACAAGGUAUGGGGGGUAUACAGAGGAAAGCCCUAUUUGGUAAAAAAAGACCAAGUCCAUAUUAUGGCAAGAACAGCUCAUCAUUACUUUAAGACAUGAAGGUCAGUCAAUAAGGAACAUUUCAAGAACUUUGAAAGUUUCAAGUGCAGUCGCAAAAACAAUCAAGCGCUAUGAUGAAACUGGCUCUCAUGAGGACCGCCACAGGAAUGGAAGACCCAGAGUUACCUCUGCUGCAGAGGAUAUGUUCAUUAGAGUUGCCAGCCUCAGAACUUGCAGCCCAAAUAAAUGCUACACAGAGUUCAAGUUAGCAGACACAUCUCAACAUCAACUAUUCAGUGAUGACUGUGAAUCAGGACUUCAUGGUUGAAUUGCUGUAACUAAACCACUACUAAAGGACACCAAUAAUAAGAGACUUGCUUGAGAUAAGAAACACGAGCAAUGGACGUUAGACCGGUAGAAAUUUGUCCUUUGGUCUGGAGUCCAAAUGGGAUAUUUUUGGUUCCAACCGCUGUCUUUGUGAGACGUGGUGUGGGUGAACGGAUGAUCUCCGCAUCUGUAUUUCCCACAUUAAAGCAUGGAGGUGUUAUGGUUUGGGGUGCUUUGCUGGUGACUGUCUCAUUUAUUUAGAAUUCAAGGCACAUUUAACCAGCAUGGCUAUUUGGGCUUGGUGGGACUAUCAUUUGUUUUUCAACAGGACAAUGACCCAACACAACUCCAGGCUGUAUAAGGGCAAUUUUACCAAGAAGGAUCCCCCGACCUCAACCAAAUAGAGAUGGUUUGGGUUGAGUUGGAUCACAGAUUGCUUUGGUUUCUACAUGAUUCCAUAUGUGUUAUUUCAUAGUUUUGAUGUCUAAACUAUUAUUCUACAAUGUAGAAAAUAGUACAAAUGAAAGAAAAACCCUUAAAUGAGUAUGUGUUCUAAAACUUUUUGCCGGUAGUGUAUAUAUAUUUAUAAAAUAUAAGAGCUUUAUAGAAUAUAACUUCAUUGUCCAUCAUUUAGGGUUAUAUUCUCUACUCCCAAUAACUAUUUCAAGUUACCUCUUCUCCUCACUUUCCCCUGUGUGUGUGUGCGUGCGUGCAUGUGUGAGUGAGGGAGUAUGUCCCCAGAUAAACAGCAGCUGGUCCUUCCUCCACUGCCCAGAGGAGGAUGAGUGUGCCAACGGCCACCACCACUGUAACGUCACCCAGGACUGCCAUGACCUGACCCAGGGAUACCACUGCACCUGCAAGCAGGGCUACGUUCUCAGCCGGUGUGAUUAAUAAUAAACUCAAAGCAAGAUGGAAAGAACAAACGUGGACAAUGAGUGUUUUGCGUCGACCCCCACCAACCGCAAUCUGCCCAAGGGACACACUGUCUUCUUCGAUGCCCAGCCAAAGUUCACCAACGUGGACAUCCGAGUCACCGUCGACAUGACCUCCCGGGAGGUGGAGGUGUACGUGUCCAACUCCCAUGACACCUUCAUCGUAGAAGUGGACCUCUACACAGGCAUCCACGCCAUCAAGAUCGAGGACGAGUCGGUGGCCCGAGGUGGGGCGAGCGGAGGGGAUAAGGAGACACCUCUGUCACCUAUGAAGGUGUAUGCCAACUCCUCAUCCAGCCUGGGUGGGGCCAUGCUCCCCAACACCCCCCUGCAGCUCCACGCCAAGCCCCAGGGGGCAGACAGGGAGGUACGGGAGGCCAAGGCGGAGGGGCUCAUCUCCUAUAUCACGAUGUGGAAGCCCCAGACGGUGCUGAUUGUUCGAGGUGUCCGUGACCUCGUGGUCAUCACCUUCCCCCAUGAGGUCCACUCCCUGAAGUCCAGCCGCUUCUACAUCGCCCUGCGUGGUGUAGGCACCGAGGAGAGACGGGGCGAGUCCCAGGGCCUGCUCUUCCUCCGCCAGGACCAGGCUCACAUCGACCUGUUCGUUGUCUUCUCUGUUUUCUUCUCCUGCUUCUUCCUCUUCCUCUCCGUCUGCGUCCUCCUCUGGAAGAUCAAGCAGUUCAUGGACUUCCGCCGAGAGCAGAGGCGUCAUAUCCAGGAAAUGACCAAGAUGGCAUCCAGGCCCUUCACCAAGCUCACUGUCUAUUUGGAGCCAGAGGAGCCCCAGUGCCCUCCACAGAGGGGCAUUGUCGUUGGCAAGGCAGGCUGGGGGGCAUUGUAGUUGGUUAGAGGGGGCGUGCUGGAGCCAUCUCCUACAAACACGAGCCAGGCUCCGGCCCCACCGUCCACCACCACCUUACCCUGGGUGGAGGGGGCAACAGUGGGCAACACCUGCCCCUGCAUUACCUCAAAACCCACCACUAUGUCCCCACCAACACCACUGCAUCGCACCCCCACCAUCACCCAUCCUCCCACAGCGGCUACCAGCACUUCUGCCGCUCCGACCCCUUCUUGUCCCAGCUCAUGGGCUUCUCCUACUCCACCUUCAAGGUGGGGCCCAUCACCCUGGAGCCCACGGACGACGGCAUGGCCGGGGUGGCCACCGUCCUCAUCCAGCUGCCGGGGGGUAUCCUGGCCCCUAACCGCGCCUGCCUGGGGUCCGCCCUGGUCACACUAUGGCAAAACCUCCAGGAGUACUGUGGUCACGGCAUUUGAGGGGGCCACCCCGGGGCGGGAAGGGCGCGCAAAGUCCUGCUAGGGCAUCAGCACCUCACCACCAUGGCUAUGUAGAGGGGGGAUGUGCAACAUCGAUUUGACAGGAUAGGAAUAAAGAAAGUGAUGCUUGUUUGUCAGAUGUUUUUUUAUAUCAUGGCAGUAAUGAUGAGUGAAAUUAAUUAUAAGUUCAUAUAUGGCAGGCUUUUAAGCUACGUGUCUGUUUAUUCACUCAAAACCCGAAGUAUAUAUUUGUACAUGUUCAUUCACAGGACCUGUUACAUGGUUCUUUAUCGGUUGCUGUUGUAUUUGUUUCUCUGCUCGUCUGUCUCCAGUUCUUCUGCAUUUGUGAACUACACUUAACAAUCCUGUUGUGUAUCGUUUCCUAUUGUGAGGCUUAUGGAGAACAUAUUUAGCAAAGCAAAACUUUUGACACAUUUGAUGUCUGUUUUAAAUAGAUUUUGUUACAAAUGAAGGAUUUAACUAGGUUAUCAGACUUCUGUCCCUGUAGCCAUUUUAUGAGUGGAUAACAUAACACACUAUGUAUUGUUUAGUUUAUUUUUUUCAGUUAUUUGAUAUGAACUGUAUGUUAACUUAUAUGCCUUUUUUUUAUUUUGGCUCUCUCGAUUGGAUGAUUUUAUCAGCCAGUGAGAGCUUUGAUUAAAUCGUAAUUAUUUUUUGUGAUUUGUCUUGUGACAAAUGGAACAAGAAAGCAAUUACAUUAUGUGGAACAAAACAUUGUAUGGAAAUUAUGUCAGAUUAUAAUGGAGACAAAGGAAAGGGACAAAAUAUGUGCAAAGCUCCAUCUUCCUGGUGAAAGAUAACAUGAAUGAAAAAGUUGUUUUAUUUUCAA